AUGCAUACAGGAUAUGAAGUACUGCUUGGGUGCCUCGUCGCGGCGGUGAUCAUCGGGUUUGUUGUCAUCUACUGCCACAUCAGGAGAAGAACACGCAAGAUCAAAUCGUCAAAAAGGGAUAUUGAGGUUGGUACAGCGUCUGUUGAGUAUGAGGAGGUUACCUGCAAGCAGAUGUCAGUCAAAGAGAUAUACGCUGCAACUGAAAACUUACACCUUUCAAAUAUCAUCGGGCAGGGAAUUGCAGGGAAAGUGUACAAAGGAAUGCUUGCAAAUGGCUGGCCUGUUGCCGUGAAGCACAUAAUUAAGAAUGAACAUGCAGAAACCUUCGUAAGGGAAGUUACAAGCCUCUCACAUGUCAAGCAUCCAAACCUUGUGUCAUUAAGAGGUUACUGUGAUGGGCAGGAAGAGUGUUUUCUUGUGUAUGAGCUAUGCGUCAAUGGUAACCUAUCAGAAUGGCUAUUUGGGAAGGAUAAGAGCCUGUCAUGGACUCAGAGGCUUCAGAUCGCACUUGGCAGUGCUUGCGGCCUUUGGUUCCUUCACAUAUUCCCUGAGGGCUGCAUUGUUCACCGAGACAUCAAGCCAACAAACAUACUUCUUGGGGUUGAUAUGGAGCCCAAACUCGCGGACUUUGGACUGUCGAGAGUCAUCGACAUAGGCGUAUCCCACGUGAGCUCUGAAGUUAGAGGAACUUUUGGCUACGUCGACCCAGAGUACCGCCACAACCACAGGGUGAAUGCUGCAGGGGAUGUAUACAGCUUUGGUAUGGUGCUCCUGCAGCUCCUGUCAGGAGAGCGAGCAAUCAAUAUCAUGAACACUGCCAAGCCAAUGUCACUGGACAAAAUGGCUUCUAUGCUCAUCAGAGAGGGAAAUGUGUUGGAAUUUGCCGAUCCUAGGCUCAAGGGCGAAUACUCGGUAGACGCAUUUGAUCUCUGCCUGAAGCUUGCUCUGUCAUGCACCGGCCACAAGCAGCAGCGACCAUCCAUGGAGCAAGUUGUGUCAAGGCUAGAGAAGGCUCUAGAGAUCUCCAUGAGAGACGAUGAUAAGCGCAACAACAUCAGUAUGGUCGAGUCCUUUGCAUAG